AUGCCAAGGAUCGGCAUCGUCUUUGACCGGCUGCGGUCAGAGGAGAAGAUGCUGCAAAAGGCGGCAGCCGGCAUGGGCCACGACGCGGUCAUGACAGACGCCAAGAUCACACAGUUUGACACCGAUGGCCAGGCGCCGGAUCUUGGCGACGUGGUUCUGGAGAGGUGCGUGAGCCACUUUCGGGGACUGUACUUUGCCUCAUGCCUGGAGUUUCUGGGGGUUCCGUCCGUGAACAGCUCCGCAGUCUCGCAUUUAUGCGGAAACAAGAUGCUCACCACGCUGCAGCUAAAGAGGAGCGGAGUGCCCACGCCGCGAACCCUCUUUGCGUUCUCCCAGGAGGCGGCAGCCGAGUGCAUCGAGCGCGCCGGAUACCCCAUGGUGAUAAAGCCCGUCAUCGGCAGCUGGGGAAGGGGCGUCAUGAAGGUGGCAGACCGGGAUACCAUGGAUGCCGUAAUCGAGGUCAGGGCGCUCUCAGACACCCCCCACGACAGGAUCUACUACCUACAAGAGGUGGUAAAGAGGCCGCCCCGGGACAUCCGGGUCGUUACCGUCGGGGAGAGGCCGGUUGCCGCCAUGUACAGGAGAUCCUCCGGCGGGUUCAAGACGAACGUGGCCGCCGGAGCGGAUCCCGAGCCCUGCGAGAUUACGGGCGAGCUGGAAGAUGUUGCGGCCGCCGCGUCCCGUGCCGUCGGCGGCGGGAUCCUGGGCGUGGAUCUGAUGGAGGACGAGGCAAGGGGGCUUGUGGUCCACGAGGUGAACAGCACGGUGGAGUUCCGCGGCCUUGCCACCGUAGCCCGGCGGGACAUUCCCCGGGAGAUGGUGGAGUUUGCCGUCGGCAUGGCGCAAAGGUAG